AUGCCCGAAUCCGACACAACCACCACCCAAGAAGCCCCACUGCCCCAGGAGCAGCAGACUUUGAUGUCGUUGGCGCGUCUGAUCCUCAAUCCCGACGGAAAGGACCCCAGAAUCGACCAGUACAUCACCAGCACCUUCAGCUACAUUCUGGGAGCCUUGUACAAGAUGACGACCUCCAGUGACAGAGAGGCAACGGCCAAGGAGAUUGCCGACGACUUGAACCGUCGUUUCGAGUCGUGGGUGGCGGAGAGAGAGAAGAAAGAGAAGGAUGCCCAAGCAGCCGCUCCUGCCUCCACAGAGCCCGAGGCCUCCAAGGACCAGCCCAAGAUCGAGGAGGUGGACUAG